AUGCUUGAUCUGCAAAUGGGGGAUGGCAGCCAGGCUCGAUCUGCAGGACGAGAGUUUGCCACCGCGUUCAUGCAAAACUAUGUGUCCCCUUUUGACCUGCCACUCUUUCAGCUUUAUAUUACCUCUCUCAAUUCUAAUUGCCUGGUGAAGGUCAGCGUGCCCAGUCUCAGUUUUACCCAGGAGGUGCAACUGACUGCGGGUCAGAACUUCACUGUGACGCUUCCCAAAACAAUUGAGCUGUCUGGCACCAGGAGGUCCCGCAAAACUGUCUUCAUUCAGGCAUCCGACGACAUAACGGUUUCCUCACUAAACUCAAAGCAAUUCACGGCGGAUACGUCCCUGGUCUACCCCAUGAGCGAAUGGGGUACAGAAUAUUUUGUGUUCACUCCUACCAACUCCCCUCCAUCCAUGCUGAAGGAGUUUGUGCUUGUCAACGGUAAAGAGCAGAACACAGUGGAGGUGUUCCUUCGUGCGGCGGUCCGGUUUGAAGGACGCUUGUACGGUGUAGGCAGUAAACUAGUCGUGGUGAUGGAUCCUUUCGAAAAUGUGCAAAUUCAAAGCCAAGGAGACCUCACGGGAACCCGCAUAUCUUCGCAACUUCCCAUCGCCGUGUAUUCGGGCCACAUGUGCACAUGGCGCUUUUCAAAGUGCAAUCACGUUUAUGAGCAACUCUUGCCGGUGCAAAGCUGGGGAACUCAGUUCCUGGUGGCUCCGUUUAGCAUCCAGAGCCAGUUCGACAGCAUCUACAUCCAAGCAUCACAAUCAACAAAUAUAACCAUUCAAUUCGGCCCUACUACACUAACUGGUGUUGUUCAGCGUGGACAUGUUGUAGAGUACAAAAUCCAGUUUCCAAAUGGACUUAAUAUCGUUGCUGACAAUGGAAUCCAGGUGUUUUUUCUGUUUAAUGGUGUGCGAACAUCCCGUGGAGUCAUAUAUGAUCCAUUUCUUAUGAAUCUUCUGUCUAACGAUCGUUUUUGUUCUUCGUACGCACUUGAUGGGAUAGCUGGUUUUAACAACCGAGCUCUUCUGAUUGUUCCUACCAAUGAACUAGCAGGGAUUCAUUUUGAUAGCUCACCUUUGCCUGGAAACCUUCAGUGGAGGGUCAUUAAAAACAGCGAGUACUCCUGGACUGAGCUGGUUUACCAACCUGGGGCUGGUGGGCACAAAUUAACCCAUCCAAAUGCUUCUUAUGGGGUCUAUAGUGUGGGACUACAGCAAGGGAAUGGAUACGGAGCCCCGGCUGCAUGCACUGAUGCAGCAGAUUUGCCAACACCUCGCUCUUGCUUCAGCAUCAUCUGUAGUGAGGAUGAGGAAUGCCAGAUGAUGGGUUCCUUACCCACGUGUGUAAAGAAACCAUUUGGAAUCUGUUGGGCAAUAGGCGACCCUCACUACAGCACAUUUGACCAGCGUUAUUUUGACUUCAUGGGCACUUGCACCUAUGUUGUCACCAAGAACUGCCAGCAAAAUGACAGUCUUCCUGCUUUUGAGGUCCUGGCUAAAAAUGAAAACCGUGGGGCCCUUAGUGUCUCUUAUGUGGCACAUGUAACUGUGAAUAUUGGGGAUAUCACCAUCAGCGCUGAAAGUUCAGAGCCCGGGAAAGUCAGGAUUGACCAGAGUUUGUGGAGCCUUCCUGUGGUUCUUGAUGAUGUUGGAGUGUCCAUGUUCCAGUCCGGCAGCUUUAUUACCAUCCUGUUUAAUUUUGGACUUAGUGUACAGUAUGACUGGAACCACUAUCUCUUGGUCUCCCUGCCCACUGCCUUCAUGAACAAAGUCUGUGGGCUCUGUGGUAACUUCAAUGGCGAUCCCAGUGAUGAUUUCACCAUGCCUUCAAACACCCAGGCUCCCAGUGCGACAACGUUUGGCCAGAGCUGGAGAGUUCACAACUUAACAAUGGAUGAGGGUUGUAGAGAUGAAGGUGGGGGCCAUGGAUGUGAUGCUCAAGCACAGAGACAAUGGCUGGGUGAAAAACACUGUGGACUUCUAAUGAUGGCACCAUUCAGUCAGUGUCAUUCUGCUAUUGACCCCAGUAUUUACAUUCAGAACUGCAUGUAUGAUGUCUGUAUGGCAGAUGGCCACAGAUACUACUUAUGCAAGAUCUUAGAGGUCUAUGCAACUGCAUGUCAGCGUGUUGGGAUACAGCUAACCAACUGGAGAGAUGCAGCCAAUUGUUCUUACAGAUGCCCAGAGAACAGCCAUUAUGAAUUCUGUGGUAGCGCUUGCCCUUUGACCUGCAUGGGCCUUGGGUCUCCUUUGAACUGCACUUUACCCUGUGUCGAAACAUGCGCUUGUGAUCCUGGUUUUGUUCUGAGUGGAUCCAAAUGUGUACCUUCAACCCAAUGUGGUUGUUCCUACAAUGGACACUAUGUUCCUGCUGGGGAGGCUUUCUGGGUGGAUGAUGCUUGCCAGCGGCUUUGUCAAUGCUCCAUGGAGGGUGGACAUCUAGAAUGCCAAGACAGAGGCUGUGGGACAGGACAGCAAUGCAAGGUGGUGAAUGGCAUUAGGGGCUGUUAUCCUGACUCCCAACGCACCUGUGUGGCACAGACCGACCCCCACUACUACACUUUUGAUGGGAAUCAUUUCAACUUCCAGGGCAACUGUGUGUAUCAGUUGGUUGGGGUUUGCGUCUCAGAUCCUGGACUGGUCCCUUUUGAUGUGCUGGUGCAAAACGAGUUUCGGGGAAGCAGAGUGGUGACGUUCACUAAAUUACUGGAGAUCAGAGUGUAUAAUAUCACCAUUGUUAUUGAUAGAGAAUACAGCGGUUUUGUUACCGUCAAUGGUGAGCUUUUGAACCUUCCUCUCACUCUUAUUGAAGGUCAGGUUUCAGUUUUCAGAAGUGGUUGGUAUGCUGUUGUUCAAACCUCUUUUGGCCUUAGAGUCACAUUUGACUGGAUCAGCUUUGCAACCGUCACCGUCCCCAGCACCUACAUGGGUGCCGUCUGUGGCCUCUGUGGGAACUACAAUGAAAAUCCAGAUGAUGAUCUGAUUGUCAGAGGAACAGAAUUACUUGCUUCAGGACCGUCAGAGUUCGGUGCCAGCUGGAGUGUAGCCGAGAUCCCAGACUGCGUCCACGGCUGCACAGACAGUUGUCAAGAUUGCGAUCCGACCCAAAUGAGUCUCUAUGAGACGUCUGAUUUCUGUGGACUCCUGCUUGACCCACAAGGGCCUUUCUGGGACUGUCAAGCUGUGCUAAACCCUGCUCCAUUUUUUGAGGAUUGUGUUUAUGAUGUCUGUUUAUAUAACGGGAGGAGAGAUAUACUAUGCCAGGCCAUGACGGCAUAUGUAUCUGUCUGUCAGGCGAUGGGAAGGGCCGUCGGCCCCUGGAGGACUGCUGAAUUCUGUGGUAUUCAGUGUCCUGUCCACAGCCACUAUGAGCUCUGUGGUUCUAGUUGUGAAGUCACCUGUCAUAGUUUGGCUCCCCCCGCUGGCUGUCGUAGCGGCUGUAUGGAGGGCUGUGUCUGUGACCCAGGCUACAUCAGAAGUGGGGAACACUGCGUCCCCCUCUCUCAGUGUGGGUGUCUCUAUGACAACCGCUAUUACUUGCUUUACCAACAGUUCUAUCCUGGCAAUAACUGUGAGGAGGUGUGCACAUGUUUACCAUAUGGCCAGGUGGUCUGUAAUAGGUCAUCUUGUGGCCCCUAUGAGAAGUGCGAGUUGGUGGAUGGUGUUCGCAGAUGCCAGCCAAUCGGACAGGCCAUUUGUGAAGCUUCUGGAGACCCACACUAUGUGUCCUUGGACGGGCUGCGCUUUGAUUUCCAGGGAACCUGUACCUACAUUCUGUCCCAAACCUGUGGCCUGGAACAAACCAACCUGACCCCUUUCUCCAUCCAGGUGGAGAAUGAGAGAUGGUGGCCCAAUAAAUAUCACAAAGUCUCUGUUACCAAGCAAGUGGCCUUAACGGUCUAUGGCAGCACCAUCAUCUUAAGACAAAAUGAGCCCCAGAUCUUGGUCAAUGGGGUUCUGACUAACCUCCCUUUUAGUUCAAGCAGUUUAAAUGGCUCCUUGGUCCAGGCCUAUAAAGAUGGUAGUUAUUACAUCAUCAAGACCAGCUUUGGCCUCCGUGUGACCUAUGAUCUGUCUUACUACGUCACUGUUACCAUCCCUGAAAACUACCGCAACAAGACCUGUGGGCUCUGUGGCAACUUUGACGGAGUCCCUUCAAAUGAUUUCAGCCUUCCAGAUGGCAAUGUUACACAGGACGUGAAUGUAUUUGGGAGAGCAUGGAAAGUAAACAUCCCUGGUGCGGUGUGUGAGGACGGAUGUGAAGGUAGCACAUGUCUAGACUGUGAUCCUCGACUGAAAGCCAUCUUUGAGAAGCCUCCCUACUGCGGAGUUCUGGUUGACCCCAAUGGGCCAUUUGCAGCCUGUCAUGCUGUGCUGAAUCCUACAGCUUAUCUAAACGAUUGUGUUUUUGAUACAUGUGCAUCUGACGGCAACAACAGCAUUGUUUGCAAUAGCGUGGAAAGAUAUGCAUUUAGUUGUCGUGCAGCCGGAGUCGUCAUCCAAAGAUGGAGGAAUGACUCUUUUUGUCCAAUGUUGUGUCCAGCUCACAGUCAAUAUGAGCCGUGCGCAGAUGUCUGCUCUGCUGCCUGUCCUGGUUUGACUACGAUAGUCCAGUGUCCCAAAACCUGCACGGAGGGCUGCGCUUGUGACAAUGGUUAUCUGUUUGAUGGCCAGCAGUGCGUUGAACACCAGCAAUGUGGCUGCUAUCAGCAGGGACGCACGUAUAAGGCUGGGGAGGUGGUUUACCUGGACCAGUGUAAGCAGAAGUGUCAGUGUGAUCCAGGAAAGGGUCUCACUUGUGAAAAAGCCAACUGUCCUAAUGGCACAGAGUGCUUACUUACAGCGGGAAUAUUUUAUUGUUUCUUCUCGCUGUUUCUAUCUACAGAUCCAUGUCGAUACCACCAUUGUCCAGAGGAAGAGACAUGCCGCUUUGAACAUGGCAAUGCCGUGUGUGUGCCCCAGUACAACAGCACAUGCUGGGCAUGGGGUGAUCCGCACUACCACACCUUUGAUGGCUACAAUUAUGACUUCCAAGGCACAUGUAAAUACAUAUUGUCUAAGACCUGUGGGAAUCUGAACGGUCUGGAGCCCUUCUCUGUAACCCAGAGCAAUGAAAACCGUGGCAGCCCUGAUGUAUCUUAUGUGCGAGAGGUGGAGGUUACUGUAUAUGGCAGCACUUUUACCAUGGUGAACCACCAUAUGGGACAGAUCAUGGUGGAUGGUUUGUGGUUUUAUUUUCCUUUUGAUCAUCAUAAUGGCCGUGUGAGAGUGAGACAAAGUGGCAAUGCUGCUCUGUUGGAAACCGACUUUGGUCUGCUCGUCUCUUAUAUGUGGGGCUGGAGGGUUGACGUGCAUCUGCCUAGUAUCUACUAUGGAGUAGUGUGUGGCCUGUGUGGAAAUUUCAACGGUAAUGGUGGAGAUGAGCUGAGAGACCCUGCUGGAAACCCUCUGCCAAGUGUGUACCAGUGGGCAAAGAGCUGGAAAGCAGAAGACAGUGUCACAUCUGCAUGUCAUGAUGGCUGUGAAACCAACUGCCCUGUUUGCCCUCCUAACCUACGUGAGUUGUACGAAACAGAUGCUUUCUGUGGUGUCCUGACAUCUACAGGCCAGAAUGUCUUUGGUGUAUGCCACGCUAAAGUGAACCCACAGGUGCUCCAGCAAAGCUGUGCAUACGAUCUGUGCUUCAAUAACGGAGACCGAAGACUUCUCUGUCAGGCCCUGGAGACUUACGUCGAACAGUGUCGUCAAGAAGGUGUCGUUAUUACAGAUUGGAGAGGGAGACUGAACUGCUCUAUGAGCUGCCCUCCCAACAGUCAUUAUGAAGCUUGUGCAUCUCCGUGUCCUGCAACGUGCCCAUACCCUAAUCAGCAGCCAAACUGCACUGAUACCUGCGUGGAAGCCUGUGUGUGUGACAGCGGAUUUGUCCUUAGUGCUGGCACUUGUGUGCCCACCAAUCAAUGUGGCUGCUUCUACAAAGGUGCCUACUACCAACAAGGUCAAACUUUCUGGGCCGAUGAUCAGUGUCAUCAGCUUUGCACGUGUGACCGUAACUUAAGCGCUGUGGUGUGUCGUAAUUCUUCCUGUGCUGUCCAUGAGAGCUGCUCAGUUGUUAAUGGAAGUCGGAGCUGUCGGCCAUUGAGAAACCAGGCCGUAUGCACAGGCUCAGGAGACCCACAUUACCGCACAUUCGAUGGACUCCGUUUUGACUUCCAGGGCACGUGUGUGUAUCAGUUGGCAGCCCUGUGCAGUGAUAAUACGAGUCUUGUACCUUUUAAUGUGACGGUUAAGAAUGAUAAUCGUUGGAGCAACGCGGUGAGCUUCACUCACACUGUUAAUGUGUCUGUGAAUGGAUUCACCAUCACAUUGACCAGAGAUCAUCCGUAUCAAAUACUGUUCGAUGGCCAGCUAGCAGAACUUCCCUUUUGGCUUCAGGAUGUGUUUCUAGUUUUGCGCAGUGGUAACAUUGCUGUGGUGAAGACAAACUUCGGUCUCCAGGUGACCUUUGACUGGUCUAAUGUGGUGAGCGUCACUUUGCCUAGCAAUUACAGCAGUGUGGUAUGUGGACUUUGUGGAAACUUCAACGGUGUUGUUCAGGAUGACUUUACAAUGCACAAUGGUAUGUUGGCACCCAAUGCCAGUAGCCUGGGACAGAGCUGGCAGGUUGCCGCAACAGCUGGCUGUUCCUCAGCUGGCUGUCUUAGUGCUGGAUGCUCAAACUGCACUGCGACCCAGAGGGACAAUGCCCAGCGCUAUUGUGAGAUCAUAGCAAACCGGACAGGGCCUUUCAGAGAAUGUCAUGCCCAGAUUGAUCCCAGAUCUUACCUAGAGGAUUGCAUAUUCGACACCUGCCACUUCCAAGGACAUCAGGUUGUGUUGUGUGACGCAGUGGCAGCCUACGCAUCCGCAUCUCCGUCCUGCCCACCGAAUAGCCACUACAACCCCUGUGCUCCAGGCUGUACCGAGACCUGCGUCAAUACCACUGUGCACAACUGCAGCAGACCCUGUGCUGAGGCUUGCCAGUGUGAUCAGGGAUACAUCUUGAGCGGCCAAACCUGUGUGCCUCAAGCAGAAUGUGGCUGCUUCUAUCGUGGGCGCUAUUACAAGAAACACCAGAUGUUUUACGUCAGUGACCAGUGCUUAGAGCGUUGCGUGUGUGGAGACAAUGGAACGGUUUCCUGUCAGGCUUCAAGAUGUGGUCCAGGGGAAGCUUGCAGGGUGGAAAAAGGAGUAUUAGGAUGCUACCCUGUCAGUUAUGGAAGAUGCAUGGCCACUGGUGACCCUCACUAUUGGUCUUUCGAUGGCCGGUGGUUUGAUUUUCAAGGCGCAUGUGCUUAUACUCUCGCUAAGGUAUGUGAUUGGGCUGAUGGACGCCUGAUGAAUUUUUCUGUGGAUACGCAGAAUGAGCCAAUUGGAAAUGGAAGGGUUUCUAUCAUCAAGAACUUGACUGUGACUGUCUAUAACCUGACAAUUAGCAUGAGACGAGGUGAACGUGGGAGAGUCAUCAUGAACAAUGAAUUUGUUACCCUCCCUUCAUCUUUUGGCCAACAAGUCACCAUUAACCAGGUUGGUUACAAUGUUGAAGUGCAAACCGACUUUGGCUUGAGAGUUCUGUAUGACACCUUUUACCACGCAGAAGUCCAUGUGCCCUCCAGCUAUCAAGGCCGCAUGUGUGGCCUGUGUGGAAACUACAAUGGCAACCAAACAGAUGACUUCUUAUUGCCCAAUGGCACACAAAGCGUCAAUGCAGAUGCAUUUGGACAGGCGUGGGCAUUGCCAGCAACUGGUGUUCAGUGCGGAGUUCAAAGUUCCCCACAGCAGUGCGAUCAGACCAAAACCGAGAGGUACCGCAGAGGUGAUGCCUGUGGCCUUAUGGCAGCUGCCGGUGGUCCCUUCAGUGCCUGUCAUGGUGUGGUGAAACCUGAGCAACAUGUGAUUAACUGUGUAUUUGACUUGUGUGUUAUGGAUGGAGACAGAGCAACGCUGUGUGAAAAUCUUCAGGCUUAUGCCAUCAUCUGCCAACAAGCCGGGAUACAAGUCAUGCCAUGGAGGAACAGUUCAUUCUGCCCAAUGAACUGUCCAGCUAACAGUCACUAUGCACAGUGCUCUAAUAACUGUGCCAACACCUGUGCCAGUCUUAGCACCUCCAUUAACAACUGCCCAGAUAUUUGCAUGGAAGGCUGUCAGUGUGACGAAGGUUGGCUCUCAGAUGGCGACACGUGUGUACCUGUGGGAGACUGUGGAUGUGUCCAUAAUGGCAAAUACCUAAAGGUUGGUGAAGUCUUAGUGACCGACACCUGCGACAUAAAGUGUAUGUGUCGUGCUGCUGGACUGCUGGAGUGUGUGAACCAAACCUGUGCCAGAGGAGAGAUCUGUGAAGUUCGGGAUGGCCGGCGAGAUUGUUACACUAAGCAAGGCCACUGCGUAUUUGAUGCCAGUGACCAUUUGCUGUCAUUUGAUGGUGUGAUGGGCACGGUGGGGCGGCCGGGAGCCUUUCAAAUGGCUUUCUUAUGUGACCAACAAUCUCCUGACUGGUUCCGAGUGGUGUUAGAUAUACACGCGUGUGCCAGGAAUAAUUCUGGUAACGUGACAACGGUCCACGUCUUUUUCCAGGACAUGAUCAUUACCGUCAACAAUUGGUGGCACAGCUGGGUAAAUGGAAAGAAGGUCUCAUAUCCCUUUAUGCGAGGUGAGGUGUCAGUCUCAUACACAAAUGAGGCUGUUGUCAUUGAGAAGGUGUCUACUAUGAGACUGACUUAUUCUGUCACUGGAGAGGUUGUGUUAUCCGUAAGCACAGUCCUAAAAAACCAAGUUUGUGGUGCUUGUGGCAACUUUAAUGGAGUCACUGCAGAUGAUAUGGCAACUUCCAAUGGGAGGAACUCCACUAUGAUGUCUCUAGUUGCUUCAUCCUGGCAGGCUGAAGACUUCUUUACAUGCAUUGUCCCGCAAAAUCACAUCAAAGUCCCGCAACAGCCCUAUUGCCAGGUGGCAGAUGCAAUGAACUGUCCAGCUAACAGUCACUAUGCACAGUGCUCUAAUAACUGUGCCAACACCUGUGCCAGUCUUAGCGCCUCCAUUAACAACUGCCCUGAUAUUUGCAUGGAGGGCUAUCAGUGUGACGAAGGUUGGCUCUCAGAUGGUGACAUGUGUGUACCUCUGGGAGACUGUGGAUGUGUCCAUAAUGGCAAAUACCUAAAGGUUGGUGAAGUCUUAGUGACCGACACCUGCGACAUAAAGUGUAUGUGUUGUGCUGCUGGACUGCUGGAGUGUGUGAACCAAACCUGUGCCAGAGGAGAGAUCUGUGAAGUUCGGGAUGGCCGACGAGAUUGUUACACUAAGCAAGGCCAUUUGCUGUCGUUUGAUGGUGUGAUGGGCACAGUGGGGCGGCCGGGAGCCUUUCAAAUGGCUUUCUUAUGCGACCAAAAAUCUCCUGACUGGUCCCGAGUGGUGUUAGAUAUACACGCAUGUGCCAGGAAUAAUUCUGGUAAUGUGACAACGGUCCACGUCUUUUUCCAGGACAUGAUCAUUACCGUCAACAAUUGGUGGCACAGCUGGGUGAAUAGAAAGAAGGUCUCAUAUCCCUUUAUGCCAGCUAAAUGA